GGAAAAGAGAAGAAAUAAUAAUUCCUCUCUCUCUCUCUCUCUCCCACCAGAAAUUUCUACUCCGCCGUAUCAUUUCAGCAAAUUGCAGUAUACUCUCCGCCUCUGUGUAGCGACGACAAAUGAUUCUGUCGGAACCCAUUUUCAGCUGAAAACAAAAACAAAACAGCCUCAAAAGCUUCGAUUUUUCCAUGGGAAUUCUCUGACAACCCCAAGAUCUGGAAAUGACAAUAAGAAGCAUAUUGCACGAGAUGAAGUCGCGCUCGAGCCGGGUGGUGCAGGACGGGUCGGCGGUUGCGGCGGUGGACGAGGCCUCCGACGGGCUGAGCCAGAGCUGCUGGGCCCACAUGCCGCAGGAGCUCCUGAGGGAGGUCCUGGUCAGGAUCGAGGCGUCGGAGAGCGAGUGGCCGCCAAGGAAGAGCGUCGUGGCCUGCGCCGGCGUCUGCCGGAGCUGGAGGGUGCUCACUAAGGAGAUCGUCAAGACCCCUGAAGUUUCCGGGAAGCUAACGUUCCCCAUCUCAGUUAAACAGCCUGGACCAAGGGAUUUCCUUAUGCAGUGCUUCAUUAGACGGAACCGGUCCAACCAAUCGUACUCUCUUUACCUCGGUUUAACAAAUGCAUUAACGGAUGAUGGGAAGUUCCUCCUAGCUGCACGCAAGUGUCGGCGCCCAACUUGCACUGAUUACAUAAUCUCUCUGCAUGCUGAUGAUAUGACAAAAGGCAGCUGUUCUUACGUCGGGAAGCUAAGGUCAAAUUUUCUUGGGACCAAGUUCACUGUAUUUGAUGCUCAACCGCCUCAUGCUGGCGCCCGCAUGACAAAAAGUCGUUCCACGAGGCUCGUGAAUUUGAAGCAAGUCUCUCCCAAGGUCCCUGCAGGCAACUACCCAGUGGUCCACAUCUCGUACGAAUUAAAUGUUCUGGGUAACAGGGGUCCAAGGCGAAUGCAGUGUGUUAUGGACACAGUUCCCGCAUCAGCAAUCGAACCUGGUGGGGUCACCCCUACCCCUACCGAGAUCUUCCUCAGCAACAUAGACUUUUUCCCGUCACUGCCCUUUUUCAGGACAAAAUCAAACAGUAGUGACAGUCUUCAGUCGGGUCCGGUGAUCACUCAGAAGGAUGGAGCUCUGGUGUUAAGAAACAAGGCUCCAAGGUGGCACGAGCAGCUUCAAUGCUGGUGCCUGAACUUUCAUGGGAGAGUGACAGUAGCCUCGGUGAAGAACUUCCAGCUGGUCGCCUCCCGGGAGAACGGAGCAGCAGGCCCACAACACGAGAAAAUCAUCCUCCAGUUCGGGAAGGUGGGGAAGGAUCUGUUCACAAUGGACUAUCGUUACCCUAUCUCAGCUUUCCAGGCAUUUGCUAUCUGUCUCAGUAGCUUCGACACCAAGAUUGCUUGUGAGUAAAGGUAAGAUUUGAAGGUCUCUUUGUAAACUAUUGUUCUAGUCGAGUACCAGACAAAGACGUCGUAAUUCAGGAUUCAAGUCCUCGGAGCUGAAUGAACAAUUUGAAGAAAUAAUCAAGCUUUUGGACUUGGAAGGUCUUCUGAAGUUAUAGACUUAGUCGUCCAGCAACCUGUGUAUGUCCCCUGUUGUAGUUGUUCCUGUAUAUAUAUGUUCUUUUUUUUUUUUUUUUUUAACCUGAAAGAGAAGAUGUCAAUCGUGUUCAUAUAUUGUUUGUGCCGACUUCUUUUGCUAUAAAUAAAAUGUAAGGAUGCAAUAUAUUUAUGUGUAUAAAAGAAAAUACAUCCGUCCUCAA